AUUCAUUCUUUUUUAUUUCUUAUGUAUACAUCUAUCAUCCCAAUUUUUGCUGCCUUCUUGACAGCAUUUGUUCUGUAUCGACCUUUUAUCACCAGAUUGGAUCGUGUUAAAUACUACGUCUUCAGCACCAUCGCUUUUUUCACACCAUGGAUUCUUUCUGUAUCAUCACUGGCAGACGAAAAAUACUAUACCGCCAACAACACAGUAACAGCAGACUACCGGUUACACUGGUCUUCACACUACCGGCCCGUGCAAUCAACAAUGAAUCAUCAACAACAACAAUCAUAUUCCCAGUCGUAUUUGUUUAUUGACGCCACUGUACUUGCUUUGGGUGCUGCCAUGGCUGUUUCUAUACUGGGCUUAUUGACAAGAUGGCAUUUCGCCAUAUUGUUUGUCAACCCCCGCGCCAACAGUUUCACAUCCAUCUUGAUUCGUCAUGGUAUCUCCAUGGCACUGGUGUUAUUCGGUAUCGUUAGGUAAGAGAGACAAGGUCAAUCAAACGUAUUUCUUAUGCAAUUAAACUAAUUUGGUCAUUGUCCUAAUUUUUUUUUCUAUCAUUUCUUUUUCUUUAUCCACCCCUAAACUCUGUAAUUUUUUUUGCCACCCAAUUUUUCGUAUUUUUAACUUUUUUGGCUUCGUUUUUGCGCCUCGUGAAAAUUUUCCGGUUCUUUUUUUUUUU